UGUGAAGUGAACAGUUCUUGAGGUCGAUUUAUGAUUUUGAGAAGUAGGAAUCCAGAAUCUGAAUAGUAACCAUCCAUUGAAAUCAGCAAGUUCGAAAGGCACAUCAAAAGCAUCUCAACCUUGUCUUUCAAAUCCAGCACAGCUCUUCUGAAGCCUCAGCAUUAAGAAGGGAUCUUGACCUCGAGUUCAUCGCCUGGAAUCAAAGGAAAUUCCUACCAUCUGAUCGCGUCUCAUAAGUCGAUAUUGAUCAAAGUUCCUGUUAUGGCAGCACCACGAGAAGCUUUGUAUUUCCCCGCUUCUCAGCGUCAGCAACUAGACUCGUACUUGCCCUCCCCCUCGAUCACGUCUACGUCUUCAGUUUCAUCCAAACCCCAUGUAACUCUCACCUUCGCCACUUCUCUCGACAGCCAGCUCGCCCUCGCUCCCGGCGUCCAAACAGCGCUAUCGGGCCCAGAGUCAAAAGCCAUGACGCACUACCUGCGUUCCAAGCACGACGCCAUCCUGAUCGGUGUCGGGACCGCCAUAGCCGACAACCCAUCGCUAAACUGCCGGAUCGAGGGCGUUGGAGGUUAUGGCGGGGAGGGGCUUUAUGGACAACCAAGACCGAUCGUCUUGGAUCCGAAAGGGCGAUGGGAGAUUUCGGCGGAGAGUAAGGUUGUGAAACUUGCUAGAGAAGGGAAGGGGAAAGCACCCUGGAUAAUCACUAAGACGGACGUUGGCGAACAGAAGAGGAGUCUUUUGGAGAGUGUAGGCGGGAAGUUUCUGAGAUAUGGGGAUUCGUUCGGAGGCGUGGAAGCUUCCUUAUCGGCGCGCAUGGAAUGGCGUGGAAUGCUUCAGUUGUUGUCUCGUGAAGGUAUCCAGGGCGUGAUGAUCGAAGGUGGUGGGGUGGUCAUUAACGAUCUGCUUUCUGCAGAUAAUCUGGAGUUGGUGGAUUCUGUUAUUCUGACGAUUGCGCCGACAUGGUUGGGGAGAGGGGGUGUGCAAGUUUGUCCUGAGCAGAGGCAGGGGCUGGGAAGAAGUCUGCCAGCGGGGAGACUAAAGGAUGUCAAUUGGAUGCCGUUGGGAGAGGACGUGGUACUUUGUGGACGGCCGCAAUAGAAACGAGGUUUGGAAGUUUAUAGAAUAUGUAUAAAUCGAUUA